AUGCUUCAUCAUCCUCACCGAGACCAGAACCAUCUGAAAGACGUCGAAGGCACGACCUUCGCCACAUUCGCCGAAGCAUACGAUUUAUGUCUAGAACACGAGAAUCUUCGCUCUAACGACUACUAUGGCGAGCUGCCGCCUCCAGUUGAGGAUGAAUUCGAGGAAGACCCGCACAAUGAAGAUGAAAUCACUGGUGAAGAGUGUAAUGAGCUUGCCCAGCAACUACCUCAGCACGGCCCUCAGACCGAGGAUAUCGAGAAUCUAGGUGUUCGUGAUCUUGACCUUCAGCAUGACUGGUCUUCCCAUGUCGGCCGUUACCCUGAUCUCUAUGAGGUUGGCAAGGGAAUACUGGUCGAUCGCCAAGGAACAUCAUACCUCAGCAGUUGA